UUUUAUUUUUGAUACAUUUGUAUUUUUAAAUACAUAAAUCUUUUUAUUUUAUUAGAAUUAAUUUGUCUUUCAUCAGAUUUACCAAAUGUUAUAACUUCUAUUUGUGCUGGUCAAUUAUGAACAAUAGGUAAAAUUGAACUGCUAGCAAAAACUUGGGUGCUGCAAAUAUUUCCUUUGACUUGCCCCUCCCCUUUGAGUGACUCCUACCCUUUGUGUGGCCCCUCCCCUGAUCUCACUCCAAACUUUCGCUAUAACUUGAGAGCCCUGGAUAUAAUAAUCACACAGUUUGAAGCUGCAGACAUAAACAUCAGACUCAGGACAGAAACACCUCUAUUGUAAGAACAACUCUUUCAUUCUUUAACUGAAAUUAGACUUCUGACAUGGUAAUAUUGUCUUUAUCAUUGUGUCCAGUGCAUUUAUGUUCCUGUUAAGAUGGAUUUUUAAUCAUCGCUGAAAUCAUUUUUUGCACCAAAUGAAUCUGUGAAUAUUUGAAAUCUGAGUUUAUCUGUGUUUUUCUUCCUCAGAAAUGGACCAAACUCUAUUUUUCAUUCUUCUUCUUGUUGCUCUCUGCUCUGUAUCUGAAUGUGUUCAGCGUCAGUAUCACUUUAUAAACGAGAUGAAGACCUGGACUGAAGCUCAGAGAUACUGCAGAGAGAAUUACACAGAUCUGGCCACCACUGACGACAUGAACAACAUGAACGAGCUGAACAAGAGUGUGAAUGAUGGAAGUGUUCAGUAUGUCUGGAUUGGGCUGCAGAAGACGGGUCGUGAUGAAUGGCACUGGUCUUCAGGUGAACCUGCGCUCUAUCUGAACUGGGAACCUGGACAACCAGAUGGCGGAGAUGAGUGUGCUGUGAUGGCAAAUGGAGAAUGGCAUGAUUUGACAUGUAGUGACAACCGGCAUUUCAUCUGCAACAACAAGAACACAGAACUCGUCUUUGUCAAUCAGAUGAUGAAUUGGAGAGACGCUCAGAGUUACUGCAGACAGAAUCACUCUGAUCUGGUCAGUGUGAGGAUCCAGAAUGAGAAUCAACAGGUUCAGCAGUUCAUUAGUGAUAGACAGUUAUCUGGAUCACAAGUCUGGAUCGGUCUGUUCAGAGACUCAUGGCAGUGGUCAGAUCAGAGUGACUCCUCAUUCAGAUACUGGAGGUCUGGUGAACCUAAUAAUGCUGGAGGUCAUGAAAACUGUGCAGUUGUCAACCAGAACGCUCAAAGACAAUGGAUUGACAGCUCUUGCACCAACCAGUUUCCUUUUGUGUGUCAUGAAGAUGAACUGAUUCUGAUCAGAGAGAAUCUGACGUGGGCUGAAGCUCUGAGAUACUGCAGACAGAAUCAUGUGGAUCUGGUCUCGGUUCAUUCAGAAGAGAUUCAGCGUCGUGUGAUGAACGUGGUUAAACGGGCGUCUACUGCGGCGGUGUGGUUGGGUUUACACAACUACUGCAUCAUGAACAUGUGGCUCUGGCUGAGUGGAGAGAUCGUGUGCUAUCAGAACUGGGCUCCAGGGAACGGAACGACUCCGGAAAACUGCAAACUCGAGAAGAGAAAAGGAGCAGUUCAGUCUGGAGGAGAUCAGCGCUGGAUCAGCCUUCCUGAAUCUCACAAACUCAACUUCAUCUGCAGCAGAAAUUAAGAGCUAAUGUGUUUACUUACAUUCACGCUUUUCAUAGACUGCUUCCUUAUUUUUCUGAUUUACUUUUAUGUUUGAUUUGUUCUUUAGUAAGUUCUGAGUGAAUCUGUUAGAAAUCUGUUUUAUUUCUGUAUUAUCAUAUAUGUGUCUUUUUAGAAACUCCUUGUAUAUUCGGGGUGGUUAUGACUCUGUAUGUUUCGCACUAAUCAUCUCUUUUGAACACAAACAUAAUAACAGAAGCUCAAAUAAACACAUCUAUAGCCAGGAUUGUCUCCUGAUUUCCCCUCAACAUUCCUGUGAACUGUAAAUUAUAUGUAAAAUUUAAAUGGGCCAUGAAAUGGCUUUUUUAUUAUUUUGUACUGUUCUGUGAGGUCCCCUUAUAAUGUUAUCAAGAUUUACACCCAAAAUUUAGAAGCAAUAAGCCAUUUUCUGUCCUGUUUUUAACCCCCCUCACCAGAACGCUCUGUGUAAUGUUGAGUCAUCAGAGGGAAGAUCCAUUUGCAGCUUUAAUAAAAGUAAACACAGUCGUACAGGCAGUGGUCAGUAACAGUAACAAGGAUAUCAGAGGAGAGACAAGAGCAGAGUAACAAGGCAGGCAAGAGGGUCAAAAGGCAGGCAGAGAACAAUCCAAAACGAGAGAAACAGUCCAGAGUCAAAACACAAUAAUCCAACAGAGAAGGGUAAGAACGCUCAGAAAUGUCAGCCAGGGCAAUACAAGACUUCGUGAUGAAUGUGUGUGUGACUUAACUAGUCUCAAAGAUGAGCAUCAGGUGGACUAGUCAUUAGAGUCCUGGUACGGGGAUGAUGGGAAAUGGAGUUCGGUGAGAGAAGUCAAUACUCAGGUGAUGGUGACCUCUGGUGACGAUCAGGGGGAACCACAGAGGCCGGAUUUGUUACACUCUGUUUGAAGAGGUGUGGAGGAUUGAAGACUCUGAAGUAAACACCCACUGCUAUGAUUGACUAACAGUUGUGUAUGUUUGACAGCUUAAAUUCCUCAUAGAUGGACGCUUCAGUAAUUUAGGUUAAAACUGCAUAAAUAACUCAAUAUAUAUCAAACGAUCAAUAGUGUCCACUUUUAAUAAAAACAGUACCCAGACUUAUGUUGCAACAUUAUAGUAGCAUUCCAAUAUGCAAAUAUUUUCAUAACAACAUGAGCCACUUUAAAUGAAGAAAGUUAUCAACAUAACUGUGUGUAUCCUUGUUUCGGUUUCUCCUUUUGAAUGACAAAAAUACACUAUUGAUAGCUGCUGAUAUAGACAGCUAAUUCCUCUCACGCAGGCACAUGUGUUAGUUUGCAGUCGGCUGUAGUCUGUCAGGGUUUUUUCUGGGUCAGAAAUGGUCUUCGGUGGUGGGUCAUCCACUCACACAUACCAGUGUACCCAACUCAUGUGAUCUGCAAACCCAAUACUGACAAUCAAUUUCAAAUAAAUGCAAAGAAACAGUUUGUGAUUUUUGCUUAUCCUUGUCAUUUAUGAAAUAAAAAGCAAUCACUGU